AUGCCCGACUUUGUAAAAGAGAAUUCUCAAGGCGAUGCUGAAGUUCAGUCUCAAAUCUUGAAGGAAAGAGAAGUUGUGGCUAAUCAAAUUGCGGAAGAAGACGAAUCCGAAAGGAAAACUUUAUAUGAACAGCUCCAGGAAAGUAGAGCCCAAAAAAGUGAAAAAUUCUCUCAGCUUGUUUCCUCUAGAAACUCCUCAUACAAGCUUGACGAGAAAUCUGCCCAGUUCUACAAUGAGUUGAAAGAAAGAGAGAUGGCGAAGGAGUCAAGGGACAAAGACUUCGAAAAACUUGAAGUUGAGAGGUUCAGAAUUCAGAAAGCGAAAGCAAAAGCACAGAGGAAAGGAAGCGGGAGUGAUGAGGCACCUCUUUCUGCAACUGUCCCAUUGACCCAAAAGGUUGCUGCAACUGCUACUGAAGCAAUUCUUAAUGGAGAUGAAAGCAUUAUAAAAAUAAGGAAAAAGCGACUUCCAGAGGCCAAAAAAUUUCAAAAUCGGGAAAAACGUACUCAACAAGAAGAAAAGCCAGUAGAACCUAAGAAAGCCAGCAUUCUACCUGGUAUCGAUGACUAUUCCACCAGUGAAGAGGACGACUAA